CGAGGUCUAAGAACAAUGUAUAGAAGAAGGUCACAGUGCUGCCCUGGAUACUACGAAAGUGAUGAUUACUGUAUCCCACUGUGCACAGAAGAAUGCAUGCAUGGGAGGUGUGUUUCUCCAGAUACCUGUCAGUGUGAACCUGGCUGGGGAGGAACAGACUGCUCAAGUGGCUGUGACAGUGAACACUGGGGACCACAUUGCAGUAACCGUUGCCAGUGUCAAAACAGAGCCCUGUGUAACCCCAUCACUGGGUCCUGUGUCUGUGCUGAUGGAUAUAAGGGAUGGCGAUGUGAAGAACCCUGUGACCAUGGAAAGUAUGGAAAAGGAUGUCAGUAUCAGUGUCAGUGUCAAAAUGGAGCGACUUGUGAUCAUGAGACUGGAGAGUGCCAUUGUUCUCCGGGUUACACUGGCGCGUUUUGUGAAGAACGCUGCCCAUCUGGCAGUCAUGGAGCCCACUGUGAAUUACGGUGCCCAUGUCAGAAUGGUGGCAAAUGUCACCAUAUCACUGGAGAUUGCUCUUGUCCAGCUGGUUGGAUGGGAUUGGUCUGUGCACAGCCAUGCCCAUUUGGAAAAUUUGGGAUCAACUGUACCCAAGACUGCCCUUGUCAUAAUGGAGGACAGUGUGACCAUGUGACUGGAAAGUGCCAUUGUAUAGCUGGAUAUACAGGUGACAGAUGUCAGGAGGAAUGCCCUGUUGGCAGCUACGGCUUACAGUGUGCCCAAAGGUGUGAGUGCCUUAAUAGAGCUGAAUGUUACCACGUUAAUGGAGCAUGUCUUUGUGAGCCAGGGUUCUCAGGCAAUCGUUGUCAAAACAGAAUGUGUCCAGAUGGGUUAUAUGGACUGAAGUGCAACAAGCAGUGUCCUUGCAGUGGCAAACACAGUCAAAGCUGCCACCCUUUAUCUGGUGAAUGUUCUUGUAAAGCAGGCUGGACUGGGCUAUACUGCAAUGAGACUUGUUCCUCUGGGUUUCAUGGAGAGAACUGUCAGCAAAUCUGUAACUGUCAGAAUGGGGCUGAUUGUGACAGUAUCACUGGUAAAUGUGUUUGUGCUCCGGGAUUUGAGGGAGAAGAUUGCUCCUUAUCAUGCCUUCCUGGUAAAUACGGAGCUAACUGCUCAUCUACUUGUCGAUGCAAACAUGGUGGUGUGUGUUCUCCCAUUGAUGGUUCCUGUAUUUGUAAAGCAGGUUGGCAGGGAGUGGACUGCUCAAUCCCUUGUUCCAGUGCUACGUGGGGAACUUACUGCAACAAUAGCUGUACCUGUGUCAAUGGAGCAUCUUGUAAUCCAGAGGAUGGCUCAUGCACAUGUUCCCCAGGCUGGCACGGAGAAAAGUGUGAUGAGCCAUGUCCGGAUGGAACAUAUGGUCUAAGCUGUAGUAAACAUUGUGACUGCUGUCAUGCAAGCAGUUGUGAUCCAGUCACUGGAUUCUGUCACUGUGUAACUGGUUGGACUGGCAUUCGCUGUGACAAUGUGUGUCAGCAGGGUCAUUGGGGUCCAAACUGCUCCAUUUCCUGUAACUGUGAAAAUGGUGGCUCCUGUUCACCUGAGGAUGGGACUUGUGUGUGUGCACCUGGAUUUCGUGGAGUUGCAUGCCAGAGGAUCUGUUCACCUGGAUUUUAUGGCCAUCAUUGCAAUCAAGCUUGUCCGCAGUGUGUGCACAGUAUUGGACCAUGUCACCAUGUCACAGGCCGCUGUGAAUGCUUGUCGGGCUUCACCGGUUCACUCUGCAAUCAAGUAUGUGCUGUUGGAAAAUUUGGCAAGAACUGCUCUAACACUUGCUCCUGCUCAAACAAUGGCACCUGUAAUCCUAUCGAUGGCUCUUGUCAGUGUUUCCCAGGCUGGAUUGGAAAAAACUGUUAUCAGACUUGCCAGCCAGGUUACUGGGGCCCCAACUGUAUCCAUAUAUGUAACUGCCAUAAUGGAGCAGUGUGCAGUCCUUAUGGUGGAGAAUGUCGAUGUACACAGGGCUGGACUGGCUUGUAUUGCACACAGAGGUGCCCAAUGGGCUUCUAUGGAAAAGAUUGCAUUCAACUCUGCAAAUGCCAAAAUGGAGCAGACUGUGACUAUGUGACCGGAGAAUGCACGUGUCGCACAGGAUUCAUUGGGAAAUACUGCGAGCAGAAGUGUCCUCCUGGUACAUUUGGCUAUGGUUGUCAACAGCUAUGUGAGUGCAUGAAUAAUGGCACCUGUGAUCAUGUGACUGGGACCUGCUACUGCACAUCUGGAUUCAAAGGCAUCCGGUGUGACCAAGCUGCUCUACUGAUGGAUGAACUAAACCCCUACACAAGGAUCAGUCCAGCACUAGCAUCAGACAGGCACUCCAUUGGAGCCAUAUCUGGGAUCAUUAUUCUUCUCUUGAUAAUAGUUGUAUUACUGAUUCUGUUCAUCUGGUACAAAUGGAAAAAGAAAGAGAAAGGACACGACAUGCCCAGCGUAUCAUAUACUCCUGCCAUGCGGAUAACUAAUACAGACUAUUCUCUCUCUGAUCCAUCUCAGAAUACCAGCACCCUUCACUGUUUCAACAACCCUAGUUACCACACACUAUCCCAGAGUGGGAGACUCACCCGUUUUAUCAAUAACUCGGAUGAAAGAUGCUAUAUCAAGACAAAAAAACAGCUUUUCUCAAGUCUCAAGAGUAUACAGCUUUCUGGACAAGAAGGCUGUAGACAAGAUUUCAACAACUCAUUGCAUCCUGAAUGGAGAUACUACAGUAACUUGAAUAAUUUAGAUUAUAUGAAGGGCUCAGUGUGCAGUUCCAGCACAUGUUCGUUAAACAGCAGUGAAAACCCGUACGCUACCAUUAAAGACCCGCCAAUGUUAACCUGCAAGCAUUCUGAAAGCAGCUACGUAGAGAUGAAGUCCCCUGUUCACAGGGAUGUCCCCUACACGGAGACCGGAACCUCCACAAACAAAAACAUCUACGAAGUUGAGCCAACAAUAAGUGUAGUUCAAGGAGGUCAGGGAAUCACCCCAAGCUGCAGCCAGAACCCAUAUGACCUUCCUAAGAACAGCCACAUUCCAAGUCACUAUGACUUACUACCUGUGAGGCUCAGCCCAACACAUGACUUGGAUGAUAAAGCGUGUAACAAACCAAUCAAAGCAUGA